AUGAUGAAAUUAGAAAAACAGCUAAGUGCUUGCAAAGUGAUCAUACAAAAGUCUACAUUACGCGUUGUUUGUCCUCAAUGCCUUCAAGGGUUUCCCCGUGCCGAUUUCCUAUACCGCCACUUCAAAACCGAGGGAGACGACAUUCAUAAGGGCCUCAGCAUGCGAAAAGUCGAUUUCAAAAAAUUCCUCGACUGCUACCAAGAGGCUUUGGGGGCUUUAGUUCCUGCCGAAAAGCUACGGUAUGGUUUCGAGUGUUUCGAGGUUAUGUUUGUGGUUGAACAUUAUGCCAAUGAUGCUGAAAAAGUUCCAAUGAACAGUACCUCUCAGUCAUCCGAGGUAUAUGAAACCGGUUUGCCCUCUGAAGCAUGA